UCGGCGUGGAGGAGUGAGCUGCUGCAGAAAGGGGCGGUCGCCGCUGGAGGUAGCCAGGAGGGCCGGAGCGGAGCGGGCGAGUAAGCCCGUGGUCGUCGGCCGCCGCGAUGUCAGCGCAGUGCUGUGCGGGCCAGCUGGCCUGCUGCUGCGGCUCUGCCGGCUGCUCCCUGUGCUGCGGCUGCUGCCCCAGGAUCCGACAGUCCCGGAGCACGCGCUUCAUGUACGCGCUCUACUUCAUCCUCGUCGUGCUGCUCUGCUGCGUCAUGAUGUCCAGGACCGUGGCUAACGAGAUGAAAGAGCGUAUUCCUUUUUACGAAGAUAUUUGUAAAGGCAUUAAAGCUGGUGACACCUGUGAGAAGCUGGUGGGGUAUUCGGCGGUGUAUAGAGUCUGUUUUGGAAUGGCCUGUUUCUUCUUCGUCUUCUGCCUCCUGACCUUGAAUAUCAACAGCAGCAAAGGCUGUAGAGCCCAUAUUCACAAUGGCUUUUGGUUCUUUAAACUUCUGCUGCUGGGGGCCAUGUGCUCAGGAGCUUUCUUCAUUCCAGAUCAGGAGACCUUUCUGAAUGCCUGGCGCUAUGUGGGAGCCGUCGGAGGCUUCAUCUUUAUAGGCAUCCAACUCAUCCUGCUCGUGGAGUUUGCACAUAAAUGGAACAAGAACUGGACUGCAGGCACAGCCACCAACAAGCUGUGGUACGCCGCUCUGGCCCUUGUGACCCUCAUCAUGUACUCCAUUGCCGCCGGAGGCCUGAUUCUGAUGGCGGUGUUUUAUACACAGAAGGACGGCUGCCUGGAAAACAAAAUUCUCCUGGGGCUGAACGGGGGCCUUUGUCUGCUCAUUUCAGUGGUAGCCGUCUCGCCCUGCGUCCAAAAUCGACAGCCCCAUUCCGGGUUACUGCAGUCAGGGCUCAUAAGCUGCUACGUGAUGUAUCUCACUUUCUCGGCGCUGUCCAGCAAACCCGUAGAAGUAGCUCUAGAUGAGCAUGGGAGGAAUGUGACGAUCUGUGUGCCAGACCUUGGUCAGGACCUGUACAGAGACGAAAACUUGGUUACUGGACUUGGUACCACUCUCUUGUUCAUGUGCAUCUUAUAUUCAUGCUUGACAUCGACGACGAGGUCAAGUUCUGAUGCUCUGCAGGGGCGAUACGCAGCUCCUGAACUGGAAGUAGCCCGGUGUUGUUUUUGCUUCGGCCCCGAUGGAGAGGACGCUGAAGAGCAGCAGAAUGUGAAGGAGGGACCACGGGUCAUUUAUGAUGAGAAGAGAGGCACUGUCUAUAGCUACUCCUAUUUCCACUUCGUGUUCUUUUUGGCUUCCCUCUAUGUGAUGAUGACCGUCACCAGCUGGUUCAACUAUGAAAGUGCCAACAUCGAAACCUUCUUCAGUGGAAGCUGGUCCAUCUUCUGGGUCAAGAUGGCCUCCUGCUGGAUGUGUGUGCUCUUAUACCUGGGGACCCUGGUCGCUCCCCUCUGCUGUCCCUCUCGCCAGUUCUCUGUGUGAGGAGGAUCGGAGCAGGCCUGCAGGCUGCAAGUGACAUCCCUUGAACAAGUGUCCCAGGGGUCUGAGCCAUGACUGGUGCUUCGUGAAAAGCUGGCAUCCUCUGGCUGGUUUGAGUGGGUCUGAAAAAGGCUUUCAGAAAGAAAAAAAAAUCACCUGAUUGGCUUUUUAAUUCGGAAAAUCAAAAAGAAAUAACCAUUUUAUUCCGAAAGAACUGAAAUUUUCAACCAAGCUGAUCCUGAGUGAUAUUUUGUGUGUGUCUCCGCUCUAAAAACUGGAAGACAAAUUAGGCUAGUAUUUUCCUUCUAUACUUUUUUUUACCAAAACACAGUUUGGGGCAUGACAGGGAUAAAUCUGAUCUUGUCAUUCUUAUCCUUGGAAUAGAAAACCUUGCCAAAAUCUUGAACCCUCAGCCCCUGACGGAAUGCAGAUCCGUCUCCCACACCUCGGCCGGGAGCCUCAUCUGCAGUGGGCUCUGCAGAGACCACUCAUCCUGCAGGCUCCUUGCUCUCAGCUACUUGGUAUUUAUAGGGUACAAGAGGAAGCACCUGCUUUUAACUCCACCCUUGUGCUGUUUCCUCCUGGCCUCCAGACGUUUCCCUUUGAAGCUGUGAUGCUGGGAAUCACAACUUCACACUCUGCCCUUGCCCUUCUCAGAGGUCCCCUCAUCCUUUCUGGGCUCAAUGUCUUUGCCCUAAUGUGAAAAAGCACAAUUUGCUGUCACUACCAUGUGGUUCUCCCACUGUGCUAUUCCUUCCUGAUCCGAGUUCCUGCAAUAAUUGUGACUCCUAUUUGUGGUGUUAUUCACAUGAUUAUAGAACAAUAUCCAUGUUGUUUUCUUUGUCUGAAUGAUGGAGGGCUAUCGUUCUUACUUGUUUGUAUUAUUAAUAUUAAUAAUACUCUAGGACCUUACCUUGACUGAAGCCCGCUGCACCUCUCUUUCAGUUAUGAAAGUCAGCCAGUUUCUCUUCCACCUUGAGGCCUUUGAAAUUGUAAAAGCAAAAGGGCUCUUGUUUCCUGGAUCUGGAAGGUGCAUGAUAAUAUUCACUGUGGUUUUUUGGAGUAGAUUUGCUGAGGUGAGGAUUCUAGGCAGCACCUCAAACUGGGCUGACCAGAUAAGGCUUAUCUCGUACAAGUUGUAAAAGUGGCCAAAUAUACU